GAUAUAGUUGGUGCGGGGAGCAGUUAAUGGGUUGCAAGAAAACAAAUUAAACAACCACCAAAAACAAUUACAUUCUUUUGAUAUUAUAAUUACAAUGUUAAACAGACUUUGGUUAAAAUCCCUACCACCAAUUCGAUUGUACUGUACUGAUUAGUUUGGCCUACAACAUUAAUAACCGAAACCAACCCGCCAAGAAUUCUCAGCCGUUUAUUGAAGAUGAGGUUGAGCACCGCCGCCGUCGAUCCCUCGUCGCUCCGUUCAGCUAGCUCCUUUAGCGCAGCCACUUACCUCCUAAGAUUACCAUCCAGAAACUUGCCGGCGGUCAAAUGCGGAGGGAAAAGCCUCACCCUGGCCUCAGCCUCACCCUGUGCUGCUGCUUCUCCUAAUUAUCUAUUUGGGAGGCGAGCGCUUAUGUAUAUGGCUACCGCGUCGUUUCUCCUUACUUCUCCCAGCUUUGCCGCUGCUACUGAUGAAAUGUCUCUCUUACAGGAAGAGAUUAGGAAGGUAUUGUCCAAGGGCAAGGCUGCUGGUUUACUUCGUUUAGUUUUUCAUGAUGCUGGAACUUUUGACAAGGGUGACAGAACAGGUGGUAUGAAUGGAUCAAUAGUGUAUGAACUUGACAGACCGGAAAACAUGGGUCUUAAGAAGUCAGUGAAAAUUUUGGAGAAAGCAAAAGUUCAAGUGGAUGCAAUACGUCCAGUAUCCUGGGCGGAUUUCAUCGCUGUGGCUGGAGCAGAAGCUGUAUUAGUAUGCGGAGGUCCAAAGAUCCCUGUUCAAUUGGGAAGAGUAGAUGCAAAGGUGCCUGAUCCUGAAGGGAAACUUCCUGAAGAAUCGCUGAAUGCUACAGCCAUGAAGCAAUGUUUUAAAAAAAAAGGCUUCACAGCACAGGAGCUAGUAGCAUUGUCUGGGGCUCAUACCCUAGGAAGUAAAGGUUUUGGAAACCCAACAGUCUUUGAUAAUUCAUACUUCAAGAUUCUUCUAGAGAAGCCAUGGUCAUCUUCAGGCGGAAUGUCGAGUAUGAUUGGCCUUCCUUCAGACCGUGCUCUUGUUGAGGAUGAUGAGUGCAUCAGGUGGAUCUCCAAGUACGCUGAUGAUCAAAAUCUGUUCUUCGAAGAUUUUAAGAAUGUCUAUAUCAAACUUGUGAAUACUGGUGCAGAGUGGACUAGAUCUGUGUGAGCUGGUAUGUUGCUGCAGCUAGUUUGGCAUGUUUCAGAAAUAAGGAUCGGUAGCGUAGUAAUAGUAACAUUCUUGAGAGAAUUAUUCUCCUUGGGAGGAGACUGCUUCAGCUCAUGCCUUAGAGUUACAUAAUAAGUUUGUUUGAAUUGUUAGUAAAAAAAGGUAUGCAAUAACAUGAAAUAAUGAAUGGAUUGUUUAUGUUUUUGUGGUGGUGUA